UUUUUUUUUUUUCGUUUUAUGAAAUGCGACAGGUCCUAUUGAAUAUAAACUGCUCUCCAACAAUUUCCCAGUCUCCUGAUGGCGAUUACGACAAAUUUAUUCUUGGAGCUAAUAAUUCACUUUAUCCGAACCAAACUCUUUCUGAUGGAGAUACACUAAUUUCUCCAAGCCAAAUAUUCGAGCUAGGAUUCUUCUCACCGGGUGCAUCCAAAAGCAGUUUUCUUGGGAUAUGGCAUAAAGCUACACCAGAUAUCAUUAUUUGGGUUGCAAACAGAAAAAAUCCGAUUAUCGAAUCACAUGGAUUCUUGAUUCUGAGCAAUGACGGACUGCUGAUUCUCAAUACAUCUCGGAGCUCACUUAUUUGGUCAUCGAAUAUAUCCGGGCCUGUAUCAAGCCCGGUUCUUCAGCUUUUGGAUAAUGGAAACCUGGCUCUUGUAGAAGAUUCCACGACCGAUAAAAGUAAUUACAUUUGGCAGAGUUUCGAUUAUCCAUGUGACACCAGGGUACCAGGGUUGAAGCUGAUGCAAAACCCUGAUACUGGUGUGGAAAAAUACUUGACUUCUUGGAAAAGUGCCGAAGAUCCAUCUCCUGGAGAUUUCAUUUACAGGAUCGAAAACCGUGGAUUUUCCCAAAUGGUGAUUCGAAAGGGUAGCAAGAAAGUGUACAGAAGUGGCGCGUGGAAUUUCAACGGUGAUUUCUUCACUGGAGUCAACCAGUUCCCCGAGCCAUCUUGGAAUGUCAAAACGGUCUUCGAAAAGGGUAUGUUGAUUUCAAUCUCCGACCCUUACAACGAAUCGUACGUCACGAGAAUGACAAUCACUUCUACGGGUUUUGUUCAACGCUACUUGAUGAACGAUAAAAGAGACUCUUGGAGAUUAAUGUAUGAAGUGCCGGGAGAUUAUUGCGAUAACUACGGGCGGUGUGGUCCUAAUGGCAUCUGCAGAAUGCACGAAAACCCAGAGUGUGAGUGUUUGAAGGGAUUUGUUCCGAAAUCUUUAAACGAAUGGUCCGUAUUCGACUGGAGCGGUGGGUGCGUUAGAUCUGCACCGUUGGAUUGCGAGAAGGAAGACGGGUUUCUAAAGAUGGAAGGAGUAAAGUUUGCUGACCCACUGAUCUUCAUAGAGAACUCGAGUAUGGGCCUUAGUGAAUGCCGUGAUGAGUGCUUAAAGAACUGCAACUGCACCGCUUAUGCGGAUCAGUACAGAAGUGAUGUCAGCAGUGGAUGUUUUAUGUGGUUAGGGGACUUGAUCGAUCUCAAAUUGUUCGGUGCAGAUUUUAGUACAGUGCCGUAUAUCUAUAUCCGCGUGCCUAUUUCAGAACUUGGAGGAAAUACGACUGAUUGGAAAAAGAAGACGAAUGCAACCCCUGAAAAGGUCAUAUUUAUAGCAAUAGGUUCUGUUUUUGCUGUGCUUGUGUUAGGCUUAUUAUUUGCAUGCAUGCUUCUGAGGAUGAGACGCAAGAGACAAGGUUAUUACAUUAUCGAUCCUUUGUUGUUUUUCGAGCCUUUACAAGAGACAAAUAGAAAACUUUUUUUGACAGAUUUGAAGAGGAAAAGAGAGGAAUUGGGGUUACCUUUAUAUGCACUGGCAACCAUUGCAGCAGCCACAAACAACUUUUCGGUUGAAAACUUGAUUGGAGAAGGUGGUUUCGGACCGGUUUACAAGGGGAACUUAUCGGGAGAACAAGUAAUUGCAGUGAAAAGAAUGUCGAGAAAUUCCAGACAAGGCACCGAAGAGUUCAAAACCGAAGUGAUCUUGAUAGCCAAACUCCAACACAGGAACCUCGUCAGAAUAUUGGGGUGUUGCAUUCAAGGAGAGGAGAAGAUGUUAGUCUAUGAGUACAUGCACAACAAAAGCUUGGACUAUUUCAUUUUCGAUCAAGAACGAAGUGUGUUAUUGACUUGGCCAAAGAGAUUUGAUAUUAUUAUGGGGAUCGCGAGAGGGCUUCUUUAUCUCCAUCACGAUUCGAGACUAAAAGUUAUCCACAGAGACUUGAAAACGAGCAAUAUUUUACUAGACGAGGGCUUGAAUGCAAAGAUAUCUGACUUUGGUUUAGCUAGAAUGUUGGAAGGAGAUGAGACCACUUCAAGAACAAAAAGAAUUGUCGGAACAUACGGUUACAUGGCUCCAGAAUACGCCUUUGACGGAAAAUUCUCAAUAAAAUCGGACGUUUACAGCAUGGGAGUUGUUAUAUUGGAGAUAGUGAGUGGUAAGAGGAACAGAGGCUUCAAAAUUCCUGCUUACUAUAGUAACCUUUUGGAACAAGCAUUUUUGCUUUGGAAGGAAAACAGAGAAUUGGAGCUAAUGGAUCCGUGCUAUAAAGAUUCGUUCGAUGAAUCGCAAGUAAAGAGAUGCAUUCAAGUGGGAUUAUUGUGUGUCCAGAAACAAGCACAAGAAAGGCCUGUAAUGCCUACUGUGCUUCUAAUGUUAAGUACCGACGAUACAAAGUUUCCUCCGCCCAACGAACCGGGAUUUUUCUCGGGGAGUUGUUCGAAUACUGCACCGAUUAUUGCAUCAGAAUGUAAAGAGGCGAGUAUUGGAGUAAUAACCAUGACUCAAGAACAAGGAAGAUAGUUGCUGCAUACUUUAUUAUUUAUUUCUUUAACACAACAGAAUUUGAAGGUUGGACUGAAUUUAUAAAUUCUUCUCAUUUGCACAUUUUAUGUAGCAUUAUAGUUGGUUGAUAGUAUUGCAUUCAAUGGUCAAAUUUGGGGCAUAAAUUGGAAAACAAUUUUUG